CGAGGCGGGCGAUAUAGCGGCUGGGCGGCGGCACCAGUGCGCGGGGGCAGCGCGGCGGGCGGGGGCCGAGACCCAGACAGCGGAGCGGCGGGCACCGGGGCGGCCCGGAGCUGGGCGAGCACCAUGAGCCACAAAUGCGACGUGAUCGUGGUGGGGGGCGGUAUCUCAGGUAUGGCGGCAGCCAAGCUUCUGCAUGACUCUGGCCUGAAUGUGGUUGUUCUGGAAGCCCGGGACCGAGUAGGAGGCAGGACUUACACCAUCAGGAACCAAGAGGUUAAAUAUGUGGACCUCGGAGGAUCUUAUGUUGGGCCAACUCAGAAUCGAAUCUUAAGAUUAGCCAAGGAGCUGGGAUUGGAGACCUACAAAGUGAAUGAAGUGGAACAUCUCAUCCACCAUGUAAAGGGCAAAUCAUACCCCUUCAGGGGCCCCUUCCCACCUGUGUGGAACCCAAUUGUGUACCUAGAUCAUAACAACCUUUGGAGGACGAUGGAUGACAUGGGACGAGAGAUCCCCAGUGAUGCCCCGUGGAAGGCACCCCUUGCAGAGGAGUGGGACCACAUGACCAUGAAGGAGCUGCUAGACAAGAUCUGCUGGACAGAAUCUGCCAAGCAGCUUGCCACUCUCUUUGUGAACCUGUGUGUCACUGCGGAGACCCACGAGGUCUCUGCUCUCUGGUUCCUGUGGUAUGUGAAGCAGUGUGGGGGCACGACCAGGAUCAUCUCAACAACCAAUGGAGGGCAGGAGAGGAAAUUUGUGGGCGGAUCUGGUCAAGUGAGUGAGCGGAUAAUGGACCUCCUUGGGGACCAAGUGAAGCUGGAGAGGCCUGUGACCCACAUUGACCAGACAGGAGAAAAUGUCCUUGUGGAGACCCUAAACCAGGAGGUGUAUGAGGCUAAGUAUGUGAUUAGUGCUAUUCCUCCUAUUCUGGGCAUGAAGAUCCAUUUCAAUCCCCCUCUGCCCAUGAUGAGAAACCAGCUGAUCACUCGCGUGCCUUUGGGAUCAGUCAUCAAAUGCAUAGUUUAUUAUAAAGAGCCCUUCUGGAGGAAAAAGGAUUACUGUGGAACCAUGAUUAUUGAAGGAGAGGAAGCUCCAAUUGCCUACACGUUGGAUGAUACCAAACCUGAUGGCAACUAUGCCGCCAUAAUGGGAUUUAUCCUUGCCCACAAAGCCAGGAAACUGGCACGUCUUACCAAAGAUGAAAGGAUGAAGAAACUCUGUGAGCUUUAUGCAAAAGUUCUGGGCUCCCAAGAAGCUUUGCAACCCGUGCACUACGAAGAAAAGAACUGGUGCGAGGAGCAAUACUCCGGGGGCUGUUACACCACCUACUUCCCCCCUGGGAUCAUGACUCAAUAUGGAAGGGUUCUACGACAGCCCGUGGGCAGGAUUUAUUUUGCAGGCACCGAGACGGCCACCCACUGGAGUGGCUACAUGGAGGGGGCUGUGGAGGCCGGGGAGAGAGCAGCCAGAGAGAUCCUGCAUGCCAUGGGGAAGAUCCCAGAGGAUGAAAUCUGGCAGGCAGAACCAGAGUCAGUGGAUGUCCCCGCGCAGCCCACUACCGCGACCUUCUUGGAGAGACAUUUGCCCUCUGUGCCAGGCCUGCUGAGGCUGCUUGGAUUGACCACCAUCCUUUCGGCAACCGCUCUCGGCUUCCUGGCCCACAAGAGGGGUCUACUUGUGCGGUUCUAAGGAGGGGGCAUCUGUAACUACACCUUCCCCUUACUCCGUCGGGUGUGUGGGUUUGGGGAAGGGGUUGCAAUAAAGUUCCAAGAAGACGUGUAGACUGUAGAAUGAGGUGGGGAGCACGAAGACAAGUCAGACUUCCGACCGCAACACACACAGUAUGUCUUCUUCCAUUUGGCCCCUACAUGUGGUCCCCCGUACCUGGCUUCGCGCUCUGUCUUGCCCAUGUCCCACUUUACCACCCCCAGAAUCUUUACAGUAGUCAAACAGGCUCUUUGAGGUCCUCGCUGUCCCACAAUGCACCUUGCCCGUGCACAAGAAAGCUAGUUUUUUCCCCACCUCUGUGGCUUUGUGCUCAUCUCUUCUCUUACUUAUAAUGUCCUCUUCGUCCAAGUUCUCUGCCUUUGUCCUUAGAAUCCCAUAAUGUUAUCGCUGGGCCUUAGAGACCACCCAGGCUUCACCUUCUAUUAUAGUGGUGAUCAAACCAAGGCCAGGAGGGGCGGAGCUGAAUGAAUUGCCCCGGGUCUACAAUAAGCCACUGAUACCUGGGGGGCUAGAACACAGGUCCGUUGCCUUUCCCACCCCUCAGUAUGUGUGCCCCGAUCACCCUCUUCCACUCCCUGCCAUGGUCACUGAUGGCGUUCCUUUGUGUGGGUUUGCUCUGUACUGAGUUGUUACGUGCUACGCAGUGCUACUCGUCAUGUAUCCUUAAGUCUUACUGUCUCGUGCAAUGCGUCUUCGGCUGAUGUUAAUUUCUUGGAGGAUAGGAAUCUUGCCUUUUCUUCCCUUUGUACCCUCCAUUGUGUCUGGAUACAGAGGUCAGCACACAUUUAGGCAAUCUAAAAUAAAGUUGAUUGACCAGA